CAAUGGAGGGUCUGGAGAACAUGGCGUUCAUUGCCAUGGCAGUAAGCCUGGUGACUUACUUCUUUGGCAAAAUGAACUACGGCUUAACCAAAUCAUCCACCAUGCUCACCAACUUUAUGGGAACUUCGUUUUUGUUGGCGCUCGUAGGUGGAUUCAUAUGUGAUACCUAUUUGACCAGAUUUAAAACUUGUGUCAUCUUCGCCUGCUUCGAGUUGGUGGGAUAUACACUUUUACUGGUCCAAGCUCAUCGACCAGAACUAAGACCCCCAACAUGCGUAGAUAAUAUUAAUCACCAAUGCGUCGAAGCAACCACAGGCGAAGCGGCAGUCCUAUACGCGGGGCUCUACUUUAUUGCCCUGGGGUCGGGAGGAAUCAAAGCAGCUCUGCCAGCCUUGGGAGCUGACCAGUUUAACGAGAGAGACCCAAAGGAGGCGAGUCAACUGUCGAGCUUCUUCAACUGGUUCUUGUUCAGCCUCACCAUUGGAGCAAUCUUCGGUGUCACCCUCGUGGUUUGGAUAAGCACCACCAAGGGCUGGGAUUGGGGCUUCGCCUUUUGCCUUAUAGCCGUCUUCCUUGCGGUGCUUUCUGUUAGCUCCGGCAAGUCUUUGUAUCGCAAUAACGUUCCCAAAGGAAGCCCACUCCUCCGUUUUCUAAGAGUUUUCGUGGUUUCUAUUCGAAAUCGGAAGCUUCCUAUUCCAGAGAAUUCAGAUGAACUAUAUGAGGUUGGACAAGAUAAGGAAUCAGCUUUAAAUGAUCAUCAUGAAAUCCUUCAAAAAACGGACCAAUUCAAGUGCUUGGACCGAGCAGCAGUGAUAACAAGUUCAGAUGAUGGUUCACCAACAACAGCCGAGAGACUAGGAGCAUGGAGAGUGUGCACAGUAACUGAAGUGGAAGAAACAAAGAUUCUAGUUCGCAUGCUUCCCAUUAUUCUCAGCACAGUCUUCAUGAACACAUGCUUGGCGCAACUUCAAACAUUCUCAGUUCAACAAGGCACCACAUUGGAUGCAAGCAUCAACGGCUUUAAAGUUCCUGCAGCCUCAAUCCCAGCCAUCCCACUUCUCUUCAUGUUCAUUCUCAUUCCUUUAUACGACAAGAUCUUCGUCCCGGUUGCUCGAAGAAUCACUGGCAUUCCCACUGGCAUUCGCCACCUUCAGCGCAUAGGGAUAGGCCUCGUCCUCUCGGCUAUUUCUAUGGCCGUCGCGGGAAUAGUUGAAAAGAAGCGCAAGAAUGUCGCCAUUGAGCACGGCAUGGUGGACAGCCUCACUCCCUUACCGAUGAGCUUACUCUGGCUCGGAUACCAGUACUCCAUAUUUGGAGCAGCGGAUAUGUUUACGUUGGUGGGGUUGCUGGAAUUCUUCUACGCGGAGAGCUCAGCCGGAAUGAAAUCGCUGAGCACAGCCAUCUCGUGGUGCUCGUUCGCGUUUGGGUACUACUUGAGCACGGUGGUGGUGGAGGUUGUCAACAAGGUCAGCGGUGGAUGGCUGGCCAACAAUAACCUCAACAGGGAUAAGUUGGAAUACUUCUACUGGCUGUUGGCUGGGUUGAGUGUGGUGAAUUUUGGAGUUUAUGUGUUAUGUGCGUCUUGGUAUAGGUACAAAAAGUUUGAAGUGAUUGAGAAAAAUGACGUCUUGAAGGAAAUUAAAGCUUGA